AUGGAGAUGAAGAUGCCUGACUUGGUCGAGUUGGCUAAGGCCUUGGGUAGCGGAAUAGAAUGGAUGCGCAUAGCACUUGAAAUGUUUGCUGUAGAGACUUGGAUGGGCUCUACUGCAGUAACAGAAGCUGUGAAGACCAUGGAGGCUGGCGAUGAGGCGAAGAAAUCGAACACGAAUACAACAUGGCAUGGUAAGUGA